AUGUUGGGUUUUGAUUAUAUGAAAAGAUACAGCGAAGUAGUUAGAUGUAUUCACCUUUUUCUAUGUAUUAAAUAUGGUUUUAAGGAGACAAAGAAGAUACGUGGACAUUCAGUUACGGAGAUCAUUGAAAAUGAAAAAACUGAAAUAAAAGUGGACACAAGAAUAUCUACAAAUAUCAAGUUAAGUUAUAAUAAGUCCGAUAUUCUUGUAUUUGGCAAGAAGAAGGAAGAAAUUAUAAUAGUAGAAGUUGGUAUUACCGGUGUCACCAAUCAGGACCGACUGAACAUAGUCUAG